AUGCCGGAUCCUCUCAUGCCAAACACAUGUGUGGUGCCUCGCCUGCACAGGAACCUGCUUGAGAACUGUAUGUACGGCACGGUGCCCUCCAUGGUGACAUCAAUCAAGUCGCCGGAGUUGAGCCGCAACUACUUCACCGGCACCAUGCCCACUGGCUCCUCCUGGUCCAACUGCGGCGCAGCUUACAACUGCCUCGCCAGCACCGCCAACUGCGGCAUCUCCACGCAGAGAGGCUCCGGCUGCAGCAUCUGCGGGAACACAAAUGGCUCGGCCUGUGCACCAGGAACUUUGUGCAUGGCGGAUACGGACGCACUUAUUGCGAGCUUCACCAAGCAUACAUACAGCACCGACGUGACGUUUAAGUGUGCUGCAAUCACGAGUGUCUCCAUCAACGCGGCAGAUGUUGCACCCCCUUGUUUUGGCUUUCUGCCACGCCACAAUCCCGUGCACUCCCAGGAGAGCGCGCUGGGUGCGACCUUCACCACGUGGGCUGCCACCUCACCGUGCCGCGUGGAGAACUCUUUGGUGGCCGUUGUGGGCGAGUGGACGGGCGUCUCCUGCACGCUUGGCGGCAAGGUGUCCUUCCCUACGGCACAACUCAAGGGCUCAUUCCAUGCUGACAUCUCCACUCUCACGGCUCUUACCUUCCUUGGCAUUGUGGACAACUACCUGAUGGGGUCGGUGCCGGCACUGGCCACCCAGCUGCGCAUCUUGGACGUGGGAUACAAUCUCUUCCCGGACGUCCCAGCAAUCACCUACACCUUCUGUGGCGGCCUCAACAACUGCCUGCAAACUCCCUCCAAGUGCCCCGACUCCGGCGCCGAAACCGGUCAGAAGCCCGCAGCGACCUGUACCUACUGCGGCAUCACCAACGGCGUCGGGCCCUUGUGCUGGGGGGCGGGAGGAGUGUGCACGGCAAAUGCGGCUGCCCCCGUGGCACACCACACUCCUGUGCACUCUUAUGCACCACCUUGUGCAGCUGCGGCAAUGCUGAACAUCAAGAGCGUGCUGGGUGCCACCUUCACCACGUGGACCGCCACGGCACCGUGCCGCCUGGAGAACUCGAUGGUGGCCUAUGCGGGCGAUUGGACGGACGUCUUCUGCACUGCUGCUGGCAAAUUGUCAGCCUUGUCCUUCCCUACCGCCCAACUCAAGGGCUCAUUCCAUGCUGACAUCUCCACUCUCACUGCUCUUACCUUCCCCCGCCUGCAUUACAACUACUUCUACGGGGAGGUCCCCUCCUUCCUUGUGGGCCUCCCAAAGAUGACUCUGCUUGGCAUGGUGGACAACUACCUGAUGGGGUCGGUGCCGGCGCUGGCAGCUGGGUUGCGUGUCUUGGACGUGGGAUACAACUUCCUCACGGACGUCCCAGCAGUCACCUACACCUUCUGUGGUGGCAUCAACAACUGCCUGCUCACGCCCUCCAAGUGCCCCAACUCCGGCGCCAGAACCGCUCAGAAGCCCGCGGCGAGCUGUGCCUUCUACGGCACCACCAACGGCGUCAGGCCCUACUACCCUUUGACGGGCGGUGAAGUGUGCAUGGCGAACGCGACUACCCGCGUGGCUGCCGGCACUGUCAACAUGCUGGCACAGCCUCUGCUGCCCUUGACCUGCGUGGGCGGGACAUCUGUGCCCAUGAACGCAGCAGAGGGUGAGUGUUUGCUUCCAUGCUUGGGGCUGGGCAUCACUGCGCCCCAUCCCGCCAUUCCUGCUGUGCGGCCAUCAGCGGCGGCCAUGCUGAGCAUCAAGUCGGCCCUGGGGCUCACCUUCACCACGUGGGCCACCACUAACGCCUACCAGCUCAUUGGCGCUGCCAGCGCGCCUAGCGUGUGGGACACGCUGUUAUGCAACAGCAACGGCAGUGCUGAGGCAGAGCGUGUGUUGGUGCCGUCACGUGCAGUGUUCAUGCAGAUCAUGGAUGGCGACCUCGGCAAGUACCUUAGCGUCUUCAGCUCGCUCACCACCUUGAAAGGCCUAUCCCUGCAGUACAGCUGGUUUACCGGCACUUUCCCAAGUGUCAUCGCAAGUGUGCUAAGCCUGACUGAGCUGAACCUUUUUGAGAACUGUAUGUACGGCACGGUGCCCUCCAUGGUGACGUCAAUCAAGUCGCUGGAGUUGAGCCGCAACUACUUCACCGACACCAUGCCCACCGGCUCCUCCUGGUCCAACUGUGGCGCCUCCCUCAACCGCUUCACCAGCACCCGCAACUGCGGCGGCACGCAGAGAGGCUCCGGCUGCAGCAACAUCUGCUCCAGCACCGAUGGCUUUGGCUGUAGCUGCCGCAAUGCUGAACAUCAAGAGCACGCUGGGUGCGACCUACACCACAUGGGCUUCCACCUCACCGUGUGCGUGGAGAACUCUUCCGUGGCCGUUGCGGGCGAGUAG